GAGCCAAUUGUAGCCAUGCUGGGCACGGACACAAUGUUGCCCUGUCAUGUGUUACCGGCCAUGAGUGUGGAGAACAUGGAGCUGCGGUGGUUCCGUUCUGAGUUCUCAGAAGCUGUGUAUGUAUAUCAGGAUGGAAUGGAGCAGGUGGGAGAGCAGCUGGUAGAUUUCAAAGGGAGAGCAGAGUUGGUGAAAGAUUACAUCACUGAGGGAAGAGUAUCUGUGAAAAUCUACAGUCUCCGGAUCUCAGACAGUGGGAUAUACAAGUGUUUUUUUAAAAAAGGCAGUGACUUUCAAGAAGCCACUUUGGAGCUGAAGGUGAUUGGUCUGGGUUCUGGUCCUCGUGUUUUCAUAGUGGGUCCAGAAGAUACAGGAAUAAGACUGACAUGUACAGGCAAAGGGUGGUUUCCCCAGCCUGAGGUGCAAUGGAAAGAUGCAACGGGAGAGAAGAUAUCAUCUCUCUCUGAAGUUGAGACCCAAGAUGAUGAUGGAUUGUUUCAAAUAGAAGCAUCCCUCAUUGUAAGAGACAGUUCAAAGAGAGAAGUGUCCUGCUACAUGAAGAACCCCUUCUUUGGACAAGAGCAGGUGGAAACCAUUUCUAUCCCAGAAUCCUUUUUCCCUAGGACCUCUCCUUGGAUGACAGCAUUUGCUGGGACUUUUCUCAUACUUGGGAUAUUUCUGGGUGCUGCUGUGUUUUGGGCCUGGAAAGAACGACAGGAAAAGAGGAGACAAUGGGAAGCCCUGACAGAAAAAGAGAAAGAAAGUAAAACCAAAGAAUUGCUUGAGAAAGAGCUUGCAAGAAGAAAGCAAUUAUAUCAACAAAACUGGAGAAAAGCAAAGUUAUAUGCUGACUGGAGAAAAGAACAAUUCGAAGCAGUUGCUGUUAUUCUGGAUCCAAACAAAGCUCAUCCCAACCUCAUCCUAUCUGAGAAUAGAAAACAAGUUUCUUUAAUGGAAAAUACUCCUGAGAAUUGUGAUGCCUCAGUAUACCAAGGACAAGGGGAAUCCGAAACCAUCUUCAGUGUUCUGGGCCAGAAUUGCUUUACCACAGGGAGACAUUACUGGGAGAUAGAAGUCAAUAUAGGUACAGAAGUUGGACCUGAAACUCGAUGGGCUGUGGGUGUUUGCUCAAAUACAGUAAAUAGAGAUGGGUGGUUUGUAGAAAGUCCAGAGAAGGGCUUCUGGGUGAUAACAUACAACAAAGGAGUUCUCACCUCCCCAAUAGAGUCUUUGUCACUGAGGCAACGUCCUCAAAGGAUAGGAGUUUUCCUGGACUGUGAGGAUGGGGAUGUGUCCUUUUACAACAUGGUUGAUGGGUCCCACAUCUAUUCCUUUACUGGAAUCACCUUCUCUGGGGCUGUCUGUCCUUAUUUAAGCCUUCAGGGUGCUGGAACAUCUGUGACCGUCUGCUCAGCUUCAGAUUAUACUGAAAAUUAUCCUGAGUCUUCUCCAAAGACUCAUUUAAGGACUGAUAUGGAUGUCCCCCAAGAAGCCAAUUCUCUAUUACCUCCAUAA